AUGGAUCAACCUAAUCACUUAUUCAGAUUCAAUGCAUCACUUUUCAAAUUACCAAAAUCGCAAAAAUUGAGAUCUUUUGGGGUUUAUUUAUCAGGAGGGUUAUACGCUAUUGGAUUUUGGUCAAUGAUUGAUGCAGCCAUUUACAGCAAGACGGUUAAUGCAUCGAUAGUCCAUGUAACUUUUGUUGAUUGGAUACCAUUCAUCUGUUCAACUUUGGGGAUGUUAAUUGUGAAUUCGAUUGAGAAAUCCAAUUUAUUCAGUGAAAAUAAUAAUUCAUUUUUAGGUAAUGGUGGUAAUACUAAUGCAUGGGCUGCCAGGGUUAUAUUAUUCUUUGGAUUUGCAUUAUUAGCAGGAGGAUUAGCAGGAUCAUUUAUGGUUUUUAUAUUAAAAUUUUUAUUGAAACAUUAUUCAUUUCCAACUUUGGGAAUGGGGGUUUCAAAUAUUGUUUGUAAUGGUAGUAUUAUGUUGAGUUGUAUUAUAUUAUGGUUAUCACAGAACAUUGAAGAUGAAUAUAGUUAUAGUUUAGCUUUAUAA